AUAUUUUUCCAUUAGCUUCAGUUCAGUUAAGCUUCAGUUCUUCUUCUUCUUCGUCUCCCUUUUAUUUUAGGUCCUUCUUCCCUUGUACUGGGACGGAGCUGCGAUUCGGGGAGGAGGAAGACCGCUUGGCGAUACAGCAAGGGGCGACGAGCGACGACGGUGGGCUAAUUGACGGAGAAGGAAUCUUCAAAGUAAAGAACGGCCUUUACGACUAAGGCAGCCUACUCUUCUAAUUUUAAAGUAAAGACCCUUCGAAUCUCUCUCUACUCGAAGUUUCUACAAUGGCUGAAUGCGAGAAUGGCAAUCUUCAUGACAUUUUGCGAGAGCUUCCUUCCCAAGCUGUAAAGGAGUUGUUGUCCAUUGGGGUAUGCAGCCAAUGCAUUUUGAGGUUAUUUGGAAUUAGAGAGGAUCUGUAUGACUGUAAUUCGUUGUCAUCUUCGGUUUUCAGUUCAGUUUUUGGAAAUCUAUCAGGUUCUGAGGAACAUGUUCAAUCUGGUGUUGAAGAAAAUGAAAACUCCAACAGUUCUCUUAUAUCCAAGGGACCUAAAAUCAAUCAGUUGCUUUGUAGUCUUUGUUUGGGCAUCUUGCAGUUCACUUACCGCGAUGGCAAUGAGUUUGUAGUGAGAAAGGACAGUGCUUAUGAAUUUGUUGGCUCAAUUGCAGAAUUGGUAAAGCAAGAUUAUCGUCAAACUGAUGGUUUUUCUCUUGAAGUGUCUGUUCCACCAGUUAUCCAAGAAAAUGAUCGUUGUAUAUGGUUAUAUAUUAAAGAAAAAUAUGGAUCUGAGUCAUGGUUUCAAAGGAAAUCACUUUCUGAUUGCAUUUCUGUGAAGGAUGCUUUGAAGGCUUCCAUAAUGAAACCACUUGAAAAACUGCUUGAUUGCAAAUCCAAUAUGAGCACUCUCCGUAUUCGUAUGACAUACACCCAACUUAAAGCAUCAACAGCGAUUUUGGAUUUUGUUGAGAAAAGCCAGGUUGACUGCAAAAGAAGAAAGACAGUUGUAAGCACACAUGAUGGCUUGGAAACUGUUGAUAAUGGUGUUAAAGGUUCUGAUUCUAGUAAUGUUGCAUCAGAAAUAGCAAUCCUGGAGACCUCUCAAGAUAGUCGAAUUUCUAAACACGUCAACAUUUUUCUCGAAAAGUUUUCAAACCAGGUCAGUGAACCCUGCCAAUUUGUGCUCCACUGCAACAGGAUUCCUAUAUAUGUUGGUGGAAGAUACCUAAAGUACUCUAGAAAUGUUAGUCAAACACGUUGGAUCAUUGAUGAUGAAAGAAUGGGGGAUGCUUCUGUUGAGGAAUUAAUUGGUAGCAAGAUUCUUCCUGUGUGCCGAGGCGAUAACUACAAGUUUCAUGCUGCUGGCAGAGAGGAUAUUGAUGUUAGGAUGCUUGGUUCAGGUCGGCCUUUCCUGAUUGAGAUUCAAAAUGCACGCCAUGUACCAUCUGUAGAGGAUGUAAAAUCCAUAGAAAAACUUAUUAAUCAUUCUGAUAGUAAAUUGGUUGGGGUGAAAAAUCUCAAAACAGUAGAUAGUCAAGUUUGGACUCUGAUGCGUGAGGGAGAGUCAGAGAAGCAGAAGCAAUAUGUUGCAUUAGUGUGGAUUUCUCGACCACUCAAGGAUGAAGACUUUGAGUCUGUAUGUUCAUUUAAGGAGUUGAAGGUUAUGCAAAAGACCCCAAUCAGGGUACUUCAUCGCCGAAGUCCACUGGAACGUGAAAAGAUAAUACAUUGGAUGAAAAUGGAGAAGGUUGUUGGGAGUUCUCAAUAUUUUCUUUUGCAUCUAUGCACCCAGGCUGGCACAUAUAUUAAGGAAUUUGUACACGGGGAUCUUGGGCGUACCCAUCCCAGCAUUGGAUCAAUUCUUGGUUGUCGGGCAGAGAUAUUACAACUUGAUGUUACAGAUGUGAAAAUGGAUUGCUUUCUUGAUGAACAAUGUUAACUCUGUUGUCAAAACAAAAGAAGUUUUAGACUCCUUUCUAAUGAGUUUUUAUCCUAUAGGAAGGAGUGAAUUCUAAAUUAUCAUCAUUAUGAUGAUUGGUUCCUUUAGUUCUUUGAUUACUUUCCUCAAUUUUGAUCAAUUUAACUGUGUAGAUUGGCAGAUUCUUUUUUUGUCAGCCAUGGAAAUUAGUGAUUUUAUUUAAUUUAUUUAUUUUUACUUGGACAAA